UACAAAUUCAUUCCCGGAUCGCAAAAUCGCUGGGACGACCUGCCUUUGAAACAUCUGACUGUACCUAUUCAUCAUCAAAUUACUUGAUUCAUCAGAUCCAUUUCAUUCCAACAAUCACCUGGUCACUUUCACAUCACUUUGGAAGCAGAUCUAGCAAAGUUUCCUUUUUAAUGUUCACAAUAAUCAAAUCCAUCUGUCUGAGUAAACUUUGUUAAGUGUUCAAUCAAUCAACUAUGCUGCAUUCUAUAUCUCUUUCUAACUUGUAAUUCAAGUGUAUUUAGAGAGAAAGCGAAUGAGUCAGUUGUUCGAGUACUUCGUGGUGUGUGGAAUUGGACCGGAGAUUCGUACGCUGGAUGGUGAAAAAGGGUUUCACGGAACAGGGGUUUUCUAUUUAGCUUCUCUCCUUGAUCAGUAUCCUCCUCCUACUCACACGCUCUAUCCUCCUCCUCCUCCCCAACUUCCCACCUGUGUUCUACCGGCUGGUGUGGAAUUCUACACAACUGGGUUUGAUUCAAGCAAUCCGUUAUCUUUCCCACGCAGUUAUCCUAUUGUUUUAACUGAGGGCGAUGGUUCUAAAAUUUAUGUGAGUUGCAUUGCUUUUCGGGAUCCUGUUUGUGAGGAUAUUGCAGAAGCUUAUCGCAUUCCUACAAAUUCAUUUGCUGAUAAAUGUAUCUGUCUAGUUUCACGCGCUCCCAGUUUUCACAUCCUUCGGGAAGUACUAGAGAAAAUACAUCAACUUUGCUUUUCCUCUAAUGGAAGCAGCAAGCCAUUAUGGGAUGUUAUCUCGUAUACGGUGUCCAACGUACCUUUGCCUACUCCUGGAAAGGGACGUGUUCUCUUUGCCAUUGAGAAUAGCCUGCUUUCCGUUGACUUUCCGCCCAAGGAUGGCCUUCCUCACGCUGAUAUAUCCUUUCAACCGCUGGUGCAGUGCCUGGAUGUGGAUAACUUCAUCAAACUGUUUACAGCUGUAUUAAUUGAGAGAAGGGUUUUGCUUCGAUCAGACAAAUACUCUCUACUAACGCUUGCUUCCGAAGCAAUAUGCCAUUUGAUCUAUCCUUUCCGGUGGCAGCAUGUCUACAUUCCGUUGCUAUUUUUCAGUGGAGUUGACUAUAUUGAUGCUCCUACACCAUAUAUGAUGGGGCUUCAUUCAGGUGUUGAUACUACUGGUCUCUCAAUGGAUGGUGUAGUGGUUGUUGAUCUUGAACAUAAUUGCAUCAUGAGCUCAGAGGAGAUUCCACCGAUACCGGAGCCAGAAAUGAGUUGUUUACGGAGUGAGAUCUUGAAGUUAUUGCAUCCGAAUGUUGUUUGGAUAGACUCAAUGAAGGCUGAUCUUGAGUCAUACGAGCAAUAUUCAAGAUUUAACACCAAGGCUUGGUCCCCCGACCAUGAUGUGCAACUCAGGAUUAUUUUCCUUAAGUUUUUUGCUUCAAUCUUGGGAGGCUACCGUAACUUCAUAGAAAAUACAGCAAAUCAAGUGUUCAACACUCAAGCUUUUCUCAAGAAGCGUUCCCGGGCAACUCACCAACCAAUAGAUGAGAUGGUAACUCAGUUUCUAGAGUCUCAAGGAUUCUUGGAUUAUUUGGAAAGAGGUUUAGGUUCUGGUGAAAACAGUAGUAAUCUUGUUGAUAAGUUACAAGAUGCAAUUGGAAGAGGUCAAAAUCCACUCUCUAUAUUGCCCUCAGCCUCAGCGGAGCCUGAGAUUAUAACUAUUUCUGACCCGGGUUUAGGAAUAUCAGGAUCUGGUGCUAGAUAUACUUACGACAGGUUCCCUUCCAACUAUAGAUCACAAGACCAGGAGGAGAAAAGAAAGCAGAUACUAGCUGCAGCUAGUGGAGCUCUUGAAUAUGCCGCAAAGCAUACUCCUAGCUCACCUUCGGUGUACACGGAUGGAGACUCCAAAGGAGAAAGUCUAAGUCCUAGAGAGAGAGCUGCUGAACGGGAGCGCAUGGUCUUGGAUAUAAAAGUGAAAUUGCAGGGUCUAUGGCUACGUCUUCUGAAAUUGGGAGCCACUGAUGAUCCUUUGUCAUCUUUUGAAUAUGGAACAAUCCUAGCUUUGAUAGAAAUUGAUGCAGAGGGGAUUGGUGGUAGUGGAUUUGUUGAAUGUAUAAGGGAACAUAUUCACUCGGGUUGGAAAGGUCACUUGACUGAAGAGCAGUUCACUGCAGUGAAAGAACUGCUAAAAACGGCAAUUACUCGUGCUACAUCGAGGAAUGAUAUAGCAACCAUUAGAGAUGCCCUUGAAGUUUCAGCUGAAAUGUACAAGAAAGACAGGAAUAAUGUUGCAGAUUAUGUUCAACGCCAUCUUCGUUCCCUUUCCAUAUGGGAGGAGUUACGCUUCUGGGACGUGUACUUUGAGUAUCUAAUGGAAUGCUUUUCAAACAAGUCAACUAACUAUGCGGCAUUGGUGACUGCACAGCUAAUUAUUUUGGCGACACACAUGGCGGGGCUAGGCCUUCCUGACACGGAUUCUUGGUAUAUCAUCGAAACGAUUGCAGGGAAGAACAACAUCGGUUACAGUCAUAUUAUAAAGCUUCGGGGGUAUAUGUCGCAUAUCCAGCAGCUAUGUGUUGGUUAUUGGGGUGUUUAUUCAGUGAAGUCGGGAAGUGUGGGAAUGGGAGGAUUGCUGCCCUCCCCACGACCACAAGACGCUUCCUCGGCCAUAGGAAUAGGAAUAGACAACCAACAACCUGCAGAGGCUUCUGGUAGGAGCUGGGUCCAAAGCAUGUUUACCAGGGAUACUACUACACUACGCACCAACUCCUCAUUCACCCGUGUUCGUAAAUGGACCUCCGAUCAAGGUAAAAGUGAGAAUGGUGUUAGUGGACAACAUAAACUACAAUCUAGCAUCCGGACACUUAGGGGCCAUAAUGGUGCAAUCACUGCAUUGCAUUGCGUGACACAAAGAGAAGUUUGGGACCUUGUGGGUGACCGUGAAGAUGCUGGAUUUUUUAUAAGCGGAAGUACAGACUGCACUGUUAAGAUUUGGGAUCCAAGUCUUCGUGGGAAUGAACUGAGGGCAACACUAAAGGGACAUACAAGGAGUGUGAGGGCAAUUAGUUCUGAUCGUGGAAAAAUUGUGUCAGGAUCGGAUGAUGCGUAUGUGUUUGUAUGGGAUAAACAGACAACACAACUUCUAGAAGAGCUCAAGGGACAUGAUGCCGAGGUGAGCUGUGCUCGUAUGCUAUCGGGGGAGCGUGUGCUGACGGCAGCGUAUGAUGGAACAGUGAAGAUGUGGGAUGUAAGAACGGAUGCGUGUGUCGCCACUGUCGGUCGUUGCUCCAGUGCUGUCCUUUGCAUGGAAUACGAUGACUCUACCGGAGUUUUGGCCGCUGCUGGAAGAGACGCAGUUGCAAACAUAUGGGACAUACGAUCCGGUCGACAAAUGCACAAGCUUUUAGGGCACUCCAAAUGGAUCAGGUCAAUAAGAAUGGUUGGGGACACUGUAAUUACGGGCAGUGAUGACUGGACUGCCCGGAUGUGGUCAAUUUCUCGAGGAACAUGUGAUGCUGUUUUGGCCUGUCACGGUGGCCCUGUUCUUUGUGUUGAGUACUCCAAGUCAGAUAGAGGAGUAAUAACUGGUUCAAGUGAUGGGUUGGUCAGGUUCUGGGAAAACGAGGAUGGAGGAGGAGGAGGAUUGAAAAGUUCAAAGAACGUGACGCUUCAUGGUGGUGGUGUUCUGUCAAUUAAUGCUGGGGAGAACUGGUUGGGAAUUGGAGCUGCUGAUAACACAAUGUCUCUCUUUCAUCGACCUGCCUCUGCCUCUGCCUCUGCUUCAAAGACUUCAACCUGGCAGCUCUACAGAACACCUCACAAAACAGUAGCAAUGGUGCGAUGUGUGGCUUCUGAUCUUGAACGCAAAAGGAUAUGCAGUGGGGGCCGCAAUGGACUGCUUAGACUCUGGGAUGCAACCAUCAACAUUUAAGAUUCUCUACAAUUCUAUUAAAAUACCUUUUUUUUUUUUUGCCUUUGUCAAAUUAUUUUAAAGUGUACAUAUGGACAAACUACCAAAUUCCUCCUACUUUGUUGUUGUUGCUCAAUUGUUUUGAAUUUUGUUGCAAGCCAAGGGUCGUUGGAGUAUUAUUAGAUAUGCCUUUUACUCU